GCCAUUAAGACCUACUUUUAUUCACAAAAGAGGAAAGAAAAAAACAGACAGGCAGGGGUAUCAGAUCAAGUUUUAAAGAGACAAAGGCGGCUGCAAAGGCGUCAUGAGGUAAGGGUUCUGAUAGUUGAGAACUGAUCAAAAGGAUUCAUUUAAGGCAGAUAUUUUAGUUCAUGAGCGUGCAACAUCAAAUUGGAACGUUCGCCUUUAAUUCCAUGUAACAUUCAACAAAGCUACUUUUGUGUCACAAAAAUUCAGCUUUGUCAAAUUACAGGAUUGGUUGGCAUAUUCAAAAAGAAAAAGAUGCAAAAAGCCUGCUUGUUAUAUGUCAGAAAGUUAGCCUGUUUUUAGUGCAAACUAUUGAGGAGCAGUUCUUGCAAAUUUUUUGGGACUGUUUGUUCGAAUUUGCUCUCCCGUGAAUGAUCUUAUACGUGUACAAAAAUUUUAACAGUUUUUUUGCUCAUAAAUUUAAUCCUUGAAGAUACACUGUAGCUGUUGUGUGGUGGCCCAAUAGGGCCAUAGAGUUUUUUGACGAUAUUUCUCAUUCUCCUUUUUCUGGUUUACAAGCAAAUUUCUCAGCCAGGGUUACCCUAUCACCCUUGUCAACUUUACAAGCUUUGCCAACGCGUUUCGUCAUGCGUGACAUUCUUUGUAACGGUCCAAUAUUUGAAAUAAUCUUGAAGUUCGAAUUCUCUGUGGAAAACACGUUCAAUUCACAAAAAAGGGGAAAAUAUUAUCGUCGUAGACAGAAAAUAACAUGUUAUUUUUCAGAUGCAUUUAUAAUUAAGCUCAGAAACUGGAUGAUACCGUUCAAGUUGGCACGAUUACUGGUCACACAUGAUGGCAGAAAGUUGACCCGGGUAGGCGAGUUAUCCCUAGCCGAGCGUUUAGAAGGCAAGCACCAGGGUUACCCUCCCGCCUUGUAAACAGGGCCUCAGACUAUUUUAUACUUUAAAAACAUGCUUACCUCAAUGGUUGCGAAGUAACGAAGUUGCUAACUUCAAAAUUUUCACGACACUCAGUAACUUAACCAGACCCUACAUCUUCAUGUGUAAGCUCCGUAAUGUGUUUAAAUGUGCAUUCUCUGAUUCUCGCAAGUACAACGAUGAAACAACGGCUGAAAAAACGUUCGGAAUUAAUUCCAUGUUAGAUAUCGAUCGGCCAACGACGAUAAGUCAAAUGCCUUAACUUAUAGCCUUCAGAGAAUCGUAGCUGGAAAUGUCACCGUCGAGUCGUUGUUCCGAUCCCAUGAGCGCGCUGCAGCCGGUCACGUCCAUUUCAACAAGCCCCGUAGUUUUCGAAUACGACUAGUUACAAAAAGGUGAUUUUGCAUUAACAGAGAACCAUAAGGAAAGAACUGCGUAGAGAGUCCACCCGCUCAUAACCUCGUCCAAAAAUGAAAAACAGAACACGUUUAAUCUGAAGUGUUCCGACAUCUUCAGCUAAUAGCUCAAACAUGUCAGAUGACAACGAGUCAGAGUUCAAAGCAGAGCUCUUAGGACAAUGUUUCCAAUAAGGCAACCAAUCAUAGUUCAUGUACGUGACGUCCAACUCCCGCUUCCCGCGUGAUAAACAUGGUUUUGUUUGGAGGGGCUUAUCUUUUUCAAAAUCGAUUGGGAAGGAAAUUUACCGUUUUUGUUUACGGUAUCCAUCUCUAGCAUUUCUCGUAACUUCGGCCCAAAGCUGAAUGAAUUAGUUUUGUCUUACUACCCAAGGACACGUAAGUGCGCCUCCACAUAUAUUGUUAUCUAUUAAUGGUCUUACCUCAGCCACGCUGCCUCCCCCCUAAAAUGUGUGACAUGUUGUUAAGGAUUAUUGCUGUUAUCAUUUUCCAGAAAGCAGCACGGCGAAGAAAAGCCGUCAAGGUUAGUACGACAAUUUCAGAGGAGGAUAAAAGCCGAUACCUAGGAGCGAUUCAGGCUUGUUACAUGUCCUCCGAUGACUCUGCCUCUGACAGUGAGGCAGAGGAAGGGGAACAUAGAGAAGGUGACGAUGAAGCCGAAGCGACGACAGUCAAAAGGAAAAAAUUCCUCACGAAAAAGUUGCCGUGGCGCUCUACUGAAUUGGAAGAUUUAGUUAAGUCGCUGGACCGAAAGUCCUCUCGAAGAAGGUCUUCUAAAGCAGCGGCUAUGAUGACUCGCAGAGAGUCAUCGGAAAAUGCCUCGGAGCGUCUUGCCCCGCAAGACGCUCCUCAGUGGGCAAUCCGCCUACCGCCCUUAACUACGUAA